ACGGAGUUUUCUGCGACUAAUCCGCUCAAUCAGCCAUCGCACGAUCCGGGGCACGAACUGUUACGAAGCGACGACCGAUCGACGAGACCGCAGCCCGUCAUGGCCGCGCGCAGCAGCACCAUGAUCCUGAGCAGAGCUCUCCGCUCCCAGCGCACAACACAGAUGCCCCGCGCAGCAUCGCGGCUCUAUUCAACAUCAGUAGAUGACGAGAAGAGGCCAUCCAUUGUGGGAACAUUUUACAAAACGUUUACGCGGCCUGUCCUCAAAGUUCUCCUGAUGGCGACCCUCACAUAUCAAAUCGCCUACUGGACCUGGACGAAGCUGGAACAGGACGAGAUUCGCGGCGAGAAGAGCGAGGAGAUUGAGAGUCUCGAGGCAAAGGUCGCAGAGUUGCAGGCAGGGAAGGGAACGAAGGCCUAG